AUGCUCAACGAUGCUCAGCAUCAGUGGCCCCAGCCUGAUAUUAAAGUGGAAUCUCACCCGGACUUUCCUCUGUUAUCUCCUCCCCUCCUGCCUCUUCCGAGCAGCUCCCUUUCUUCGACGCGUCGCCGUUCCCAUCCGACUAGCCCUACCCGCGCCCACCCUUACCCUCGUUCACGACUACAAAACUCUAAUAAUAUGGCCACAACACCUGCGUACUGGGCUUCUCCCCGCAGCAACACGCGGCGAGCUUCCGAUGGGAAUCAGCAGCUCGUCUAUGACCACUCUCCCUACUCAAUUUAUCCGGAUACUUCCGAUGAGCAACACCAUCGACUUUCGCCUUCAUCCGGCUCUAGUGGUACUAGCAGCCUAACUGGUGCUCCCUCUCAGUACCCGACACCCUUCCUGGAUCCAUCCAGCUCCGCUACCUAUUAUGCACGCGACUCUCCUGAAUCACUCUCACCCCCUUCACCAUUCUCUGCGCCCGAGUUCAAUGACGGCUUCCCGCCCAACUACGCAUCAACAACUUCCUAUCCACAACACGAAUCUGAUGUUCGCCUGCUUCGGAAGCGAUUGCGUGAGCUCGAACAGGCAAAUCGUCGCGCAAUGGAGCAAAUCAAGGUGCUCGAAUCUCGACUUGCCAGUGGUCAACGACUUGCUUCACCUUCGAUACCAACCAAUCCCACGUUCCAUGCGUCCUGGAAGGCUCGGACAGAGGCUCGCAUACGUCAAUUUUGCUCCCUUAACAGGGCAGGAAACGCGUUAUGUGCUUGGCAUGAUUCUCGUCGGGAGCGACGGGUUCAUCCUCCUCGAAUGGCGCCAGCGGGUUAUCUCAACUGCGGGUGCACAUACGAAGAGGCGCUUUUCGAGGAAAGCCUUGCCAGACAUCACGUGGGCAGCUAUUUACCUGGUGAAACACAAAGAUACAACUACAGAGAUGGGGAUUUUGAGCGCGACCCUACGUCUGGGGACUGGCUUCCUGGCGAAGGACCCUCGAUGUGGGAGCACAACGCACCGAACCCUCGGAGAGACCGUCGCUAA